UUUCCUCCCAACAACCCAACCAUUCAACCAAACCAACAAGCAGGAGUAACACACACUUCUAUUCCAUUUGACUUCUUCCAAACAAGAAAAAGUAAAAAUCCAGUAAAUUAAUAUGCAAUCGCUUUUCUUGCGCUCAGUUACUUCAGUAAUCGCAAGCAAUUCUGUUCGACUUGAAUUAAAACGCUCUAUAUCAAAAACUCUGUUUGCAAUGGCUCCAAUCAAGGUUGGCGAUAAACUUCCUUCAGCUGAUCUCUUUGAAGAUUCCCCGGCAAACAAAAUCAACAUUGCCGAAUUGGGUGCAAACAAAAAGAUUGUAAUUUUUGGUGUCCCCGGAGCAUUUACACCCGGUUGUUCUAAGACACAUUUGCCUGGAUACGUUGAAAAUGCUGAUUCCAUUAAAUGCAGCCAAGGUGUAAGCGAGAUUGUUUGUGUGUCCGUCAACGAUCCAUUUGUUAUGUCUGCAUGGGGUAAAGAACAUUGCGCCGGUGGAAAAGUUCGCAUGUUAGCCGAUCCAGCUGGCAAUUUCGUAAAGACGUUGGAUUUAACUGUUGAUUUGCCACCAUUGGGCGGUGUUCGAGCAAAACGUUUCUCAAUGAUUGUCGAAAAUGGACUAGUUAAAGAGUUAAAUGUCGAACCUGACGGUACUGGUCUCACUUGUUCAUUAGCUAACAACAUUGGAAAGAAGUAAAUUAGAUAUUUCGUUGAAUAGCUUCCAUCAUCCCUCGUUAUCCUUUUUCCGUAAUGGAGUUUUAAAUGUAAGACAUUUAAAAUCGAUUAUAUUCUUAAUUUAGUAUUCUAGGGACCUGUCUUUGAAUUUUAAAAUUGGAAAAUUACAAACCUACCUAUUAACUGCUAGAACUAUGCUUUGCAAGUUUUAUUUUAAAAUUUCUUUCAUAAAUAAAUGAUGCAUAUCGAUUUUAAAUGUUUGUUUUGAAUAAAUAAAUAGAAUUAGAAAAAUA